AGUGCUAAUAAGUUAGGUUAUGGUUGUUAUAAAGUUUAUUUUUCAAAAAUGUCGAAAAGAAUAUUAGAAAUAGGCAAAAAUAGCAGUAAUAAGAAGCCCAAAUUAGAUUCGGAUACAAAUUUAUUGUGGGAUGAUGAUUUAGAUGAGAGUGUAUUUGAUGAUUGCAUGCAACUUGCAACUCAGUAUUUAACCCAAGGAACUACAAGUAAAAAUGAUGGCUGUGUACCAACUUACGAGGCAUUCAAAGCGCCCAAAACCUUAUUUUGCUCCACACAAGUAAAUUCUACUGUUAUUCGCACGACUACCUCCGAAAGUGAUUUAGAAAAUUACAAAAUCAAAUAUGAAGAAAAAGAGGGCGAAAUUAUUAUUCUAAGGAACCAGCUAAGAGAAAUAAAAACCAAUAAUAACUCCGAAUAUCAAAAAACUCUCUCAGAAUACAAGGAAAAGUUGAAUUUAUCUGAGCGUCAAGUACACUCUGUUAAAAGUGAAUUGGAGUUUAAGAAUUUAGAAAUAAUGAAUUUAAAACAAAAAAUAGAAUCUCUGAAAAAACAAAACCUAAAUGCAACUAUAAACGGUACAAUCAACAGCCCUAAUCGUAAAUCAAUCGACAAAUUUAUUCAACCGAACAAGGUUUUCGAAAAUAAAAUUUAUCCGUCUGUUAAUGAAGAGUAUCCUUUGAAACACAUAUUCUUCGAAUCGUUUUUAACAAUUCCUACAAAGGAAAAGUUCAUAAUCGACAGCAAAUUGAACCAUAGCUUAAAAAGCAAAGGGGCUACUUCGCGUGUGGUGUUAGAUAAAAGUAGAGGAGAUGUUCGAAGAAUAUAUCCCAAUUUAUUGAAAUUAUGCAACUAUACCACAGAAGAAUUGGAUUCCUACAGGACUAUUGAGGACAUAACUUUGAUAGUUUUCGUGUGUUUUCAAUCGUUGGAAGAUUUGUUAGAUCUGUUAGAAGAAAUUAAGAGAAACUUACAAACGGAAGAUCUUCUGGAAGCAGAUACGUUGUAUUUGAAAAGUACAGAAAUUAAUCAAUGCGAAUUAAGGAAUGAGCUGGGAAGAAAAUCGGCAUUUAUCUUAAACUGUUUAUCUAUUUUAGUUAUGCACUGUACGUGUUUGAAAGAAUAUUUCAUUUAUAACAAAGAUUUGUGCACAAGAGAGAGCUUGACUCGAAACUCCUCGCUUCCGACUGUUAGCAGAGCAGUGAAAGGCCACGAGUUUUUGAAUAAAAUACUCGCUAUUCUAAAUCUAGCCGGAGAAAUUAGAAAAUCGAAUGUGAUUGUCUCGUUUUUGAACUCGGGAAUCAAAUUGAUGACGAAUAUUUGCAAAGUGAAUGGUUAUAGUUACUUAUCGGAAACCGUUUGUAAUUUUACCAAAGAAUUGAUAUUUAUGAGGCCUCCUGUAGACGUAACUUUUAAUUUGAUUUGCUUGCUCGUUGAAGCAUCCAGAUUCGCAACGUUCAUUAAAUUCCUGUUUAAAAAAACCGCCGAAUGCUCCAAAAUAAAAAACGGAAUUUUACAUUUUACUGAAGGAGAUUGCUGUUUUUACAUUUACGUAUUAUUAUUUAAUAGAGGAUUAAGUAACCAAAAAUCCAUUCCAAUAGAGACAUGUUUAAAUAUGAUGCAUUUUAUUUAUAAUACAUACACGUUUUUGUAUUCCCUACAUCAUAUAGAUAUUAGAAAGUGCGAGUGUCUACCUCAGUUGUAUAAGUUAGAAAUAGAAUUGAUAUACAAGAUGUUAGACUUAUAUGCGGAUGAAACUGAAAGAGGGAUAACAUCAGAUAAUUGGUGGAAUUUUUUUAACACGGGUAUCGUUUUAAAAGUGCUAAAUUUAAUGACCUAUCAUUGUUACGAUUUGACAGAGGGGUUCAUCAUUGCUUAUUCACAGUUGAAAGAAAUAGAAAGGAGGGCCAGAGAAAAUGAAGUUUGUCAAUUGAGUAAAUUGAAUAUCAACGUAGAUGAAGACGUUCCAAAUGUUAACAGCAAGAAAUUCGAUGAUAUUGUCUUAUAGUUAAUGCUAAAUUCGUUAUUAUGUAUUAGUUUAAUUGAAACGAUUUUUUAAAUUGUUUUUUAUAAAAUUCUAUUAUAUU